CCCCAUAGCGUUGUGCGUGAGAUCAACAAAAUCAAUCAAAUUGAAUUGGAGCUAGGAACAAGCGGCGCGUCAUGGCACGAUGAGUAUAAGGACUCUGCGUACAUCUUCGUUGGAGGUCUUCAUUUCGAUCUCACAGAAGGCGAUGUAAUCACCAUCUUUUCUCAAUACGGAGAAGUGAUGGACGUCAACUUGCCUCGUGAUAAAGAGACCGGGAAGACCAAGGGCUUUGGUUUCUUGAUGUAUGAAGACCAACGAUCGACUGUCUUAGCCGUCGAUAACCUGAAUGGUGCCACAGUGCUGGAUAGGACGCUAAGGGUCGAUCAUGUCAAGAAUUACAAGCAGCCAAAA